AUGUCCACUCUCGCGGCUUUCCGGGUGCCAAACAUCUCCAACGAGCCCAACCAGCAUUAUGAGAAGAGUGGGCCGUCGCGUGAAGGGCUAGCCGCUGCAGUGGCAGCUCUACAGGAAAAGGCGCCUCUUGAAAUCCCUCUAGUUGUGUCUGGCAAAGCCGUGAAGACAUCCUCCCUCCUCACACAGAACAGCCCGUCCUCCCACACGACGGCCGUUGCCAAAUACUCCAAUGCCUCUACCGAAGAUGUCAACAACGCCAUUGAAGGGGCCCUCGCUGCAAAGCCCGCCUGGGAGUCUUUACCCUUUGCCGACCGAGCUGCUGUCUUCCUCAAGGCCGCAGAUCUGAUCAGCAAGAAAUACAGAUACGAGCUGAUGGCUGCAACAAUGCUAGGGCAGGGAAAGAAUGCAUGGCAGGCUGAGAUCGAUGCGGCUGCAGAGCUAAUUGACUUUUUGAGGUUCAAUGUACGAUACGCAGAAGAGCUGUAUGCGCAGCAGCCACCUUAUAACUCUCCGGGGGUGUGGAACAGGGUCGAAUACAGGCCACUUGAGGGUUUUGUCUAUGCCAUCUCUCCAUUCAACUUCACGGCCAUUGGAGGGAAUCUACCUGGUGCCCCAGCGUUGAUGGGCAACGUGGUGAUCUGGAAGCCCAGCCCAUCGGCUAUUGCCUCAAAUUACUUGGUGCAUCAGAUCCUCAUGGAGGCAGGACUCCCGGCUGGGGUCAUCCAAUUUGUACCUGGUGAUGCUGAAGAAGUCACCAAAGCCGUCCUCAGUCACAAGCAGUUCGCAGCGCUACACUAUACGGGCUCGACGGCUGUCUUCCGAAAGCUGUAUGGCCAGAUUGGACAGGGCAUUGCCGAGGGCAGGUACAAAGGUUAUCCUAGAAUAGUGGGAGAAACUGGCGGGAAGAACUUCCACCUGGUCCACAACAGUGCUGAUAUCGCCAAUGCAGUGGUGCAAACGAUCAGGGGUGCAUUUGAGUAUCAAGGUCAGAAAUGCAGUGCUUGCUCCAGACUAUAUGUCCCGUCGUCGAUAUGGCCCGAGUUCAAAACCAAGCUUAUUCAGGAGACUGAGAAACUCAAAGUUGGAGCUCCAGAAGACUUUGGUAACUUCAUCGGGCCAGUCAUCCAUGAGGCGAGCUUCAAGAAGCUGUCUGGUGUGAUUGAUGCUGCAAAGCAAGAUAGCUCUCUGGAGCUCCUUACCGGGGGUAAAUACGACAGCUCCAAGGGUUGGUACGUGCAUCCUACCAUCUACCUUGCCAAAGAUCCCGGCCAUCCAAGUUUCAGCACCGAGUUCUUUGGACCGAUCUUGACAGUCUAUGUCUACGAUGACACGACGCCAGAUGCAUUCGAAAAGGCCUGCACGCUGGUAGACGGCACUUCUGAAUAUGGCCUGACAGGGGCGGUGUUCGCUCAAGAUCGUGCGGCGAUCAGGUAUGCCGAGGAGGCGCUGAGGAAUGCAGCGGGCAACUAUUACAUCAACUGCAAGAGUACAGGUGCUGUUGUUGGCCAACAACCAUUUGGAGGUGCACGAGCUUCAGGGACGAACGACAAGGCCGGAUCAGCAGCAAUAUUGUCGCGAUUUGUCAGUAUGAGGUCAAUGAAGGAGGAGACACUGCCCACUACAAAGGUGGAGUAUCCUUCGAAUGAAGUGUAG